CGCAAGUGCAGUGUGUUUUUUGUGUUUGUGUUUAGUUUCGAACACAUCUAGCAGAAUAGUGAAGAAUGUGAAAAGUAUUUCAACCGUUGAUGAAAUAAAACGCACGUCCCUGGGAAGAUGUGCCCGGCGAGUUGCUUCUGCAUCCGUGUGAAGAAACUAUGAAGUGUUCCGAUUCGGAGCGGAUACAGUGUGCAAGAUAGAAUUGUCCAGUGUCGCCGUACAAGGCCCACGGUGUCCCAGCAGAUAGGGGAGUAAAUUAGCGAAUUUCAUUAGCAGCAAGAUGAUGGGCAAACCAGCUACUGUGAUAUUAGCCGUUACGUCCAUCGCUGUAUUAGGCGUAUUACAUCGUGCACCGUUAGUUAGUGCACUCGACGAUCCUCGCAUUGUGCGGGAGCAGGACAGUAACAAUGCGCACGGUGCACCGGAAAUCGAUACCGUCGAGGAGCAGAUCACGCUACCGAAAGGUGCUAGCUGGAAUUUCACCUGUAAAUCCCAUCAACCGAUCAUGUGGAAGCAUUAUGCUGCAUCGUACUAUUGGGAACCAAUGUACGAACCACCGCAUGACUUCCAGACCGACGAUCCCGACAAACCGUACGGAAGUGUGCUAAUGCUCACAGACGCAUCCGCCGAUCUGGUCGGCCGGUACUAUUGCGUUCAUGUGGAAGCGUACGACGAAGAGCUGGAGGACAAGCUGGACGACCUGGUGGCCGAAUAUGCGGCCUCCACGGUUUACGUCUACGUAAACGAUCCGGAGCAACCGCUAGUUCCGGUGCAUUCGCCCGUGUUUAGGGUGAACCAGUACGAAGACUUUGUCAUACCGUGCAAACCGACGCACCCCGAUAUUGAGGUGGCACUCUUCAAAGACUUGGAAGGGGAUUUGGUUGAAGAUUAUCAGUACAGUAAUACCCAAGGAUAUCUGCUAAGCUUUAACAGGCUGGAGGACGGUGGUUCCUACUACUGCCAGGUGAAAGAUAAACCCCAGCAUCGCAUACACUUCGAGAUAUCGAUCAACGAACACUGUGAGUUCACUGCUACCAACGGCACUAGGUUUAGGCGGACCUUCCAGCAACGGAAGCGUCCGGAAGGGAUUCAUUCCAACGCACUUUACAUUGCCGGUGAUGGUGUUACCGCUUUACACAACGACAUUUCGACGACGUUUUCGGAUGAUGAUGAUAAUACCGGCAACUGGCUAGCUCGAGUGUUUGCUAUGCGUUCCGAACUGUUGACCGAACGGUCAAGAUCCGAUGAAAGUUUACCGUCCUCUGGACACCCAUUAGAUGAUCUCCCGUUCCCAGAUACCGGGGCAGUAGCUAAAUUCAAACGUUCAAUUUUAGAUCCAUUUGAAAACGACACCAGCAAUGGUACGAUCCAAGGGGAUGGCCUUGAAGAUCCAAUGCGCUUCGGCAACAACAUGACGGAAGGCAAUAGCACAUCGACAGACAAUUUUACCUACCUUUACGAUUAUCUCGAUGAGGCCACUAGCAACGAAACGGUUGCCGGGACUUCUGUUGGCUACGUAAAUGCUACCGAAGAUCGUCCGACAACACCUCGUACCUAUGCUCAUGUCUAUCCUCAUGGCGAAAACUCUUCACACGUACCAUUGACUUCUACUAUUCCACCUGUAGCUGAGUAUAUAAUGAAACCGACGAUUCGUAGUGAUACUAAAGAUCACAUACCGCUCGGUCAACGCAUCCGCCUUGUUUGCAAGGUAAAUAUCCGCGCCGGCGUUAAUCUCGAAAUGACGUGGCUGGUACCGCCAAAAUUGCAACCCGCCGUAAAGGAUGGAAGAACAAAGAUUGGACCGCUGAAGGUGGAACCGGUUACAGACGCGGAACAUCGGGAGAUCGCUUCCCGGGAGCUUAUCAUCGAAAGGGCGGCAGCCACCGACGACGGCACGUAUCGUUGCGUGGUGAAGGACCUAAACAAUCAUCAAAACUAUCACAGCUUCAAGCUGCACGUGCGGGACUCUGCGGAGGACUAUGUGAUGUUGCGCGAGGAAAACAAUCUGGCGGAAAUUAACGUGCGACCCAACGCGAAUGGAAAGGCUGACCCGAUCAACAUUGUAAUCGAGUAUCGAUCACAUCCGGCCAACAUAACGUACUACUGGGUGAAGGAUGAUCAAGAGAUAAUGGCCGGACACCAUGGGAAGUACGAGCUGACCCACACCGAAACACACGUGAAGUUGCGCAUAACCAAUCCGGAAGUGUACGAUACGGGUAACUAUACGGUGUUCGUAAUGGCGGGAAAUGCGGAAAAAUCGCAGCGAAUGGCAGUGCUGGUUUAUGCCAAACCCAUCCUGCAUAUGGAGAGCAAGUUUGUGAAGCCGAAUGAAGAGGUAUCGUUCCAAUGUAGAAGCAUUGGUUUUCCCAGGCCCGACAUUUCCUUCGCUUUUCUACCCUGCCUGGCGGAACCCUGGACGAAUUGUUCCAUACCGUCGGCGAAGGAUUCCCGUUGGGACUCUCCUGGUGGAAAGCCCGAAACACAGAUAACCAAGUCACGCAUCUACACAACAGUCCCGAAACAGCCAGGCGUGGUGUACUGCAAAGCGAUCAACACGGAAGGUAGCGAAGUCACGCAGGCAGAUCUAUUAGUUAGUGAUCUACCCGAUUCGAUAACGUUGGAAAAAGAACAACCGAAGGAAGCAAUCACCGUGGGAGAUCACGUCACGAUCGUCUGUUCGGCGCUCGUCUACAAUCACACCAAAGACAUUACGAUCGUGCUGAAUGAUAGAGAGCUGCAGGAAUCGGACGGUGUGCGCUUGCAAUACUCACCAACGCUGUACGCGUGGCAGGCCCGGCUGGACAUCGAUCAUGUGACGAACGAUCACGAGGGCACCGUAUAUUGUCGUGUGAGGACCCUAGCCAACAUCGUGGAGACUCGAGCCUUCCACAUGGAAGUGUUGGAUCCCAUCGCACCGAUGCUUGUGAGUGGAAAGAUCAAUCAGAGUCUCUCGGUCGAUUUGCACGACCCGUUGAAGUUGGAGUGCGAUGUAGUUGGCACCCCGGAUCCGAAGGUCGUUUGGCUGAAAGAUGGCGAACCAGUGCAGCAAGAGGAAAACAGCAACCGGGUGCAAUUAACCAAAACGACACUUAUAUUUGAAUAUCUCAAAAUGGAAGACUUGGGGACGUUUGAGUGUCGGGCGGAAAAUAAAAUGGGCUCGAUUGAAAAGUACUGGAAGCUGGAUGUACGAACUACGGUGGUGAGAAAAUCCUUGAUCUACAUUAUCGUCUGCCUAUUUCUGCUGUUGAUCGUCGCGAUCGUAAUGGUUUCGUUGUUCUACUGCAAGAAAAAGAAGGAAGUGAAGGCAAUGAAAGAAGCCGGCAUUGUGAACUUUGAGGAAGGCAACCUGGGUGUUUACAAUCCGGAACUGGCGCUUGAUGAGCAGGCCGAUCUCCUACCGUACAACUCGGAGUACGAGUUCCCGAAGGAGCGGCUCAAGCUGGGCAAACAGCUGGGAACUGGUGCGUUCGGUGUGGUGAUGAAAGCCACCGCUACUCGCAUUAUGGUGAACGAAGAUGACACUACCGUUGCGGUCAAGAUGGUCAAGAAGCAAACCGACAACGAGGUGAUGCGUGCACUCAUUUCCGAACUCAAAAUUAUGGUCCAUCUGGGACAGCAUCUGAACGUGGUGAACUUACUAGGAGCGGUUACUAAGAACAUCGCCAAACGUGAGUUGAUGGUCAUCGUUGAGUACUGUAGAUUUGGAAAUGUGCAAAACUUCCUGCUAAAGCACCGGCCCUAUUUCAUCGAUCAAAUCAAUCAAGAAACGGGUGAGAUCGAUUCGUCAAUCGAUAAGAAUCAGUUGCGGUGGUCGAAGUGUGGUUACCAGUACAAUAGUCAGGGCUUGAAAUAUGUAAAUCUUUCAUUUUCCACCAACAACGUCAAUCAUCAUCCCCUUCAACAUCCGACUGCUUUCUACCAUAAUCACAUCGACAGCGGAUCAACGCAGUACGUUGACCCGAAGAAGCAUCUGAAUUCGAAGGGGUACGUGCGGCAUUCCGGUCUCCAGAACAUGGGUAUGGUGGAUAGCUGCAACACCGAAGUAACAGCCAUGACAUCAGUCGAAGUGGAAGAUCUGAACACGGUCAACUCUAACGAACCGCUGUGGCGCUCGAACUACGGCAUGGAUUACAAAGGUCCGGCACGGUCCGUCAACACUACCGAUCUGGUUUGCUGGGCGUCCCAAAUAGCCAGCGGCAUGGAGUAUCUGGCCUCGCGGAAGGUGCUUCACGGUGAUCUGGCAGCGCGAAACAUACUGCUGUGCGACGACAAUGUGGUGAAGAUUUGUGACUUUGGAUUGGCCCGCUCGAUGUACAAGAGUGACAACUACAAGAAGAAGGGCGAAUCGCCGCUGCCUUUCAAAUGGCUCGCACUGGAAUGUAUUAGCGAUAAUUUGUUUAGCACCUAUUCGGAUGCGUGGGCGUAUGGUAUAGUUCUGUGGGAACUGUUUUCCCUUGGCAAAGUGCCUUACCCGGGCAUGGAAGCCAAUCAGGAGCUGUAUAACAAGCUGCGCGAUGGCUAUCGGAUGGAUAAGCCACAAUACUCGAACCAAGAUAUUUAUGACAUUAUGCUAAACUGCUGGAACGUAAAGCCCGACUCGCGACCUUCGUUCAAGGAUCUGAAGAGCAGAUUUAACGCAAUGCUUCCGGACGAAAUGCGAGAUCAUUAUCUGGAACUUAACGAGCCAUACCUGCAAAUGAAUGCCGAAAAACAAGAACGAGGCGAUACAGAUUAUCUAGCUAAUCUCGGACCACCGGAAGAACUUGCUCCGGCUGCGCCAAAUUACGUGAACGGAAUCAUCCUACCUCUUCCACCGAUUUCAGAAAUUCAAAAUAAUAAAGACUACCUGAAAAUGUCGCGCGCAAAGUCCGAAUCGCAGGAGAGCAACUUCGACUUUGCCUCCUUCAACAGCGAUCGCCAUUCGCCAACCACUCGCAACAAUCUCGAUACUAGUCCACCCAACGGCAGCAAACGGCACAAGAAGCUUGGUCUGCCGGAGGAAAUUCCCAUGCUCGACGGGAGCCGACUUUCGUCGAACAUGAACGGGUUUAAUUCCGAUUCCGAAACGGAACCGGUCAGUCCGAAGCCGCGAGAGCGCACAAGCAAGCACAACCCGGAACCGCAGUACAUUAAUGUGAAGAACCCUAAGUUUGCGGGCCGUUCGGCGAGUGACGAGAUGGGACCGGGUAUCGCACAGGAAGCGAUAAGCAACCCGGGUUACAUUGCGCUCAGUAUGGUCGACGAAAAACGCUGCUAGUAGUAGAAGUACUAUGUAUAUCGGUACUCGAUCGUAAUUUCCAAGCCAUCGCUUUGUUUGUGGUUCCUGUAAGGCGUAUUCCACAAAACCGUUUUCGUUCAUUCUCUGCGGGGGUUUUGAGUUUAAAAGUUGGUACCGUGUCUGGAUUCUUCGAACUUUUUCGAAGUUUUACUAUUUUCAACUUGCAAAUGCUCGAGACAGGAGGAAGAUCCAACGCUUCCACUGAAGCAAGUUUGAAUGUAUAGAAACGGUGGCAACUUUCUCACUUGAAUUCAAAAACACUCCAAGUGCAUCUUCCAUUUGUUCAUAAUAUUCGGCCAAAUCGUGAGUUCGCUUGAAAAUCACCAUAUUAACGAGCUCAGUAAUACUUAAGAAACAGAACAAGUCGCACAGGGGGGUAGCGUUACUCCAAAGGACCGGGGCGGGCAGGACGCAAAGAAAUACACACUAUUUUCGUAUAACCUUUACAUCGCUGUGCGUACUCAAUAAGUAAGUGUACAUAAUUUAUGACAGGAGCGUACCGUACCGUGGUACGUUAUCGAUUUCACGUACGGCAGAGUUAGGAACACUUCCAUGUAAUGUAAUUAAUUGUUAAGUUGCAAUAAAAUAAAACAAACCCUCU